AUGCAUUCAGGCCCGGCUUUUUCCCUUUUGGCCCUGCUUCUAUUUUUCAGCCCCACCACCCCCAACACAGAUUUAUUUUAUUUGGUGGAAUCUGGGGGCUCUUGUGCCCAAGUCCUUGCCACCACCGACUGCCGGCCACAAGGAAGCCAGACCUCUAUUAAUUUUACCUUCUCCUCUUUCCAUUCCACCCCUAGGGAAUUUUCCAACCUGGCUAUCUGUUUCAUUUAUGACCACAUUGAAUACAACUGCCGUCAUUAUUGGGUCCAGACCAACGGAGGUUGUCCUUACAAUUAUUGCAAAAUACACACCACCCAGCUAGAUACUGGGAGCACAUUACGAUCCAGGUACUGCCUCACCAGCGACGGACAGUCCAAAUAUAUUCUAACUAUUUCUGAUCCCUGGGAUUCCCAAUGGAACACCAGUGUUAAGUCCAAAUUGUACAAAUGGCCCUUUAAUUCAUAUCCAAUCGCGUCACUUGACAUUUAUAGAGUUUACACAGGGGUCACCCCUCAAGUUUUUUCUGUUCUCCAUGACCAGACUCGUUAUAUCCAAACACAGGAACAAAUCAUUCAGGAACGGAUUCGCAAGGUGCCUUGGGUUUCUGUCAAUCAGCUUAUCCUCAAGGAAUACUUGCCACUGACAAAUAAUAAAUGA